CGCGAUAUAUGUAUUUAAAGUAACAGUGGUGGAAACACACCAAAUUAUUUCGGCAAUAAAAUCGAAAUUACAAACUUCCAGAAAGCUGUUAUCUAUAUAAAAAGGUUGACCUCAAACGCAGUACGGCGAAUUUUGGAAGGCAAUCGGUGCGGUGAAAUGGAGCUGACUGGAUGGGUGAAGAACUACGGCUGGGGCCGCAAGGGCAUCAACUCGGCGGUGGCCCAGCUGGCAAUGGCCAAUGAUCCGGACUUUCGUCUGAACGAGGAGGAGACCUAUGCGGAAAUGUGGAUGGGCACGCAUGUGUGCGGUGUGUCCGUGGUCAAGGAAACCGGAGAGACUCUGGACCGAGUGCUAAAGAAGGACCUUUCAUACCUGUUCAAGGUGCUAAGCAUCAACAAGGCACUCAGCAUCCAGGUGCAUCCGAACAAGUGCGAAGCGGAGCGCCUGCACAAGGAGCGCCCGGAUAUCUACAAGGAUCCCAAUCACAAGCCGGAACUGGCCAUUGCCCUCACGCCCUUUCUGGCCCUCGUGGGAUUUAUGUCAGCCGAAGAUAUCAGGGACUACAUCGAUGAGUUCCAGCCGCUGAGUAAACUCAUUGGCAAGGAGGCUGUGGAUCAGCUCCAUGACUCGACCAACUCGGAAAGCGUUAAGUUGUGCUACGAGAAGCUGAUGAAGACCGAAGAGCCGGUGAUAGCCAAGUGCAUCAGUGAAAUAGCCAAGGAUUACCAAAACGAACUGAAAUCCAACGAUCUGCUUGAGGUGUUCACCAAGGUCAACAAAGACUUCCCCGGCGAUGUGGGCGUACUGUCCCUGUUCUUCCUCAACCUAAUCCGCCUGCAGCCCGGCCAGGCGAUCUACUUGGGCGCGAACGAGAUUCAUGCCUACCUGGACGGCGACUGUGUGGAGUGCAUGGCUUGCUCGGACAAUGUGAUACGGGCGGGCCUAACGCCCAAGUACAAGGAUGUGGACCAGCUGCUGGAAUCUGUGAUCUUCGAAAGUUCGUAUAAGGAUCGCAAGGAGUUCAUUCCGUACCGCAUAGAUGACCAGGUCCAGGUCUAUAUUCCGCCAGUAUCCGACUUUGCAGUGAUAAAUGUGAAUAUCGAACACUCGCUGGAGUCGUACAAGCUGGAGAUACAAGCAUUCGGCUCCAUAUUGAUAGUUCUAAAGGGAUCCCGCAUUCUUAAAUUGAAAACCCAGCAGGGAGAUAAGGAGAUCUUGGUAACCCGCGGCAGCAUUGUGUACAUUCCCGUCGAGGCGGCGCCGGAAAUCGAAUUCGCCCAGUCCGACGAUUGCGACGAGGACUUCAGCGGCUACAUAGCAACCAGCAACUACUUUCGAGUGCCCUAAAAUUCUCAGUUAAUCGAAAUAUUUUGUACAGUGCAAUAAAUCCAUUAACACGUUUUGGUGGUG